AACCCGACAUGGACCACCCUCACCACCCUCCUCCCGGUCACGGCCACCCACCGCCUCAACAUGGGCACUAUGAAAGGACAACCGCCGAAUUCUUCAACCACGCCUCGGCCCGGCGCAUCGACACACAAUGCGUCAUCGCCGCCACCCUCAAAAGGCAAUAUCCCAACCUCGAACUAACCAUCGCACCCAUCUACUCGGUCAACCUUCUCGGCUUCGCUGCGGCCGGCCACGCCACCAUCACCCCGCUCACCGAAGACCUCUGCUCCUCCGCCAACAAAUACCCCACCAGCCUGUCCACAACAUCCUACGUCCCGCCCGCCCGACGCAUCGACAACUCCCCCGGCUUUUUGGUCAAGGACAUCAUCUUUGCCAAGUACCUCCUCAAAUGGCAAUCCAAGGAAUUCAUUCUGUACAUCGUCGACGGGCGCGACGGGGCCUCGGCCUACCCGCACCUGAAGAACAACUACAUCCUGGCUCCGUCGACGCACCACUCCGAGUCGCUGUUGUUGGCCGCCGGUAAAUGGUCCGACUCGCUGCUGAAUGAGAUUUGGGUAUAUGAUCACGGACGGUGGGAGAAGAGUCGGGAGCUGUGGGAGAGUAUCCAGGGAGCGAGCUGGGAGAAUGUGAUUUUGGAUGGAGACAUGAAGGAGGCCCUUAUCCAGGAUCACCUGAAUUUCUUUGAGAGCAAGGAGACGUACAAAAAGUUGAAGGUGCCAUGGAAGAGGGGAGUCAUUUAUUGGGGCCCGCCGGGGAACGGCAAGACGAUCAGUAUCAAGGCCAUGAUGAAGACGUUGUUGGAUCGGGAGGAUAGCGUGCCGAGCUUGUAUGUGAGGAGUUUGGUUUCGUACGCCGGCCCUGAAUACGCCCUCUCGCAAAUCUUCCAAAAAGCCCGCCAGUUCGCCCCCUGCUACCUCAUCUUUGAAGACCUCGACUCCCUCGUCACCGACAACGUGCGCUCCUACUUUCUCAACGAAGUCGACGGCCUCAAAUCCAACGACGGCAUCUUCAUGAUCGGAUCCACCAACCACUUGGAACGGCUCGAUCCCGGCAUCUCCAAGCGUCCUUCGCGGUUCGAUCGCAAGUACCUCUUCCCCAACCCGGACCUCAAGCAAAGAGUCGCGUACUGCAAGUUCUGGCAGAACAAGCUAAAAGGAAACGAGACCAUUGAGUUUCCGGAUGUGUUGAUCCAGAAGAUUGCCGAGAUUACGGAUGAUUUCAGCUUUGCGUACAUCCAGGAAGCCUUUGUGGCGAGUUUGCUGACUAUUGCGAGGGAUUCCAAGGAGAAGGAGGAGAUUUUGGCAAGGAGUGGGAUCGAGGAUGAUUGGGAGAGGUUGACCCUUGGAGACUCGGAUGGCAGUGAUGAUGGAGGUGACGGUGGAGAUGAGGAGGAUCUGGACAAGUAUGUGCUUUGGGUUGAGAUCAAGAAGCAGGUUGCUAUCCUGAGGGAGGGGAUUGAGCAUGAGGAUUGAUGCUCGUAUUAGCCAUGCAUUCACGUCUACUGAAAGGGUGGACUCGAAGAGUACGGGUUUACGAAAAGUCCAGCGGGCGAACUAUGUGAUUGAGUACAGCUAAAGCAUAGGUACCUCUACUGCUAUUACCAAGCAAUUACACUGACUUUUCAUCAUUG